AUCUUCAAAAAGAAAAAUUGCACUUCGCAUCUUCUUGGGCUCUCAAAGAACUCAAUCUGCCAUCAUGAAGUUCCUGCAUACCGUUGCCCUCAUUGCUACCUUCACCAUUGCCAGCGCUACGCCGACUGGUGACACUCCGUCCCAAUGCACUGCUGCGCAAGCUAACAAAUGCUGCACUGGUCUGACUAAUGGCAUUCUGAAUCUGAAUGUUCUUCCCGCGCUUUGUCUCCCUCUCGUGGGAAGUUGCAACAACCAGGCAGCCUGCUGUGAGACCAAUGGAAUUGGCCUGUUGAACUGCCUCACUGUUCAGGUUUAGAUGACCGGACGCUUGGAUACCAGAUAUCCAUAUUGAAUCAGAUCACUGGGAUAAGGCUCGCACUGGAGGGCAUGAAGCUUCUUGCUUGUUUGUUUUGCUUUUGAUGAAGUUAUGAACGCGAUGCAUCGCUUGUAUGGACACACUCAUUUAGCACAGGGAUUAACCCAAGCCAACAAUCCAAUGUUUAAGUGGAUUAUUAGUUUGUAUUGCAAAGGUAACAGUAGUAGAGCAUUAAGCAGAAGUGUCCUAAAUAUCUGCCUCUCAGUUCGAGAAUGCCUGUAUUUUUGUAGUUCUUUGUCACUCCUAAUUGUUGGUCCUGGGUGGCCUCCAUAUGAGCAUAUGGGACGAGACUAAUCCCCGGCCUGAGCCUGCACCUACCUUCC